GUAUCCCUGUUGCCCAGCAACACCUGAUCUGGAACAACUUGGAGCUGGAGGAUGAGUACUGUCUGCAUGACUACAGCAUUGCUGAGGGCUGUACACUGAAGCUGGUCCUGGCCAUGAGAGGAGGACCCAUCAACACCAGGAGAGUGUCUGUGGAGGACCCAGUGAAGGAGAUGGCAGAGCUGAUGGAGGGAGGCAGGCAGGAGGGCUGGGAGAAGAGUCUGCCUAGCAACAAGCAGGUCACCUUCCUGGUGUACCGAGAGGGAGACCAGCUCAACUUCUUCCGGGUCGUUGACCGAGGGGACGGAACUCUGACCCCUGUCUCAGAAUCAUUCAGUGGUGGCUCGGUGUACAACAUGUUCACGGAGGAGGAGGACAACGGCGGUGAGGGCUUGGCUUUGGGCCAGCCGACCCUGGAGAACUCUAUCACCAUGAACAAGAUGAAGCUGCUCAAAGCCAAGAUGGAUGACAUGAACAUCAGCAAGAAGCCUAAGAAGUCUGCCAAGUUGAAACCUCUGCCCCCCGUCGGCCCCCGGCCCUGCGGCAGCUCUCUGGACCCCUCCGGACCCCGACACCACCGCCUCUUCCGCGUCCUGCCCGAGAUCAACCAAUCCCAUCAUUCCGCCUCACACUUACCUCCAAUCAGGGACCAGGGAUCCACAACUCCCUCCCCUCCCAAUGCUGCUGCCUCCGCCUCCACCCACCUGUCAAUCAGCGGCCGAGCUCCGCCCUAUUUCUCUUCCUCGUCCUGUUACAUGCUCCAGGAGGAGGAGCCAUGGAAGUCCAUCCCCAAGACAAUCCGAACCCCUCCCAAAGUGUCCCGGUUGGAGAUCGGCAGCGCCAGGCUCAUGAGGGACUGUGUGUACCCGCAGCUCCCCGUGCUCUCCAGCAGGGGGCAGGUUGAUGGGGCCAUGGAGCUGCCUGACCCCAGAAGAGAGGCACUGGGCCUGGGGUUGCUGGAGGAGGCGGCGGGCCUGCUGGAGCCCACACCGCCUGGAGCUUUGUACGGAGGAGACCUGCUCUCAGAUCCCCUCAGCCUGGACAUCUCUUCCCAGCCAGAGAUGGAUCUGGGAGGGUUGGAUGGUCUAGGAGCCCUGGGGGUUGGAGCAGAGCUCCAACUCCCUUCCACCCCCUCUCUGCUCUCCCAAGCUGUGGGGAUGAACUCUUUAAACAACUGGGCAAUGGGUGGUUCUGAUAGGCUAGCCUGGAAAGGUGUGAGGACACCGUUACUAGGCAACACACUUCAUCAUAUACCCAAUUCUCCUUCCUCAUCAUCCUCCCCCUCUAGUAGACCAAGACUACCACAACCCUUUGAGUUCACCGGCUCAGCAACGUCACCCAUACGACCCAAUCUCCAUUCCUCCUCCCACCCCAGCACUCUUCUCUCCCAUCCUCCUCCUGCUAGCCCCUCCUCUCCCCCUCACGGCUCUCAUUUGCGAGGCAUCAAUGUGGACUCCCCAGGCAAGUGGCCGGAGAUGAUCAGUAAAAGCGAGGCGCGGGGAAUCACCAAGCUGGCCAACCAGGCCUGUAAGGAGCCUCUCGGGUCCCUCAGCAACACAGAGCUCCUGGCCUCCCUGUCCUCCUCCAGGUCCCCAGGCAGCAGCAGCAGGGGAGUCCUAGGAUCGAGCCUGGGACUUGGGUUGGGGCCUCCCGCUGUUGGGGCCUCCGGGCUUGGCAGGCUUGUCUCCAUGGCUACCUCCCUUCCAGCCAACAUCCAGCUACUCCAGGAGGACCUGAUGCGAAGAGCAGCCACCUCCAACAAGUCGUCCAACAGCCUGGGAUCAGCUGGAGGCUCCAGUUCAAUAAGUAGACUAGUAGAACACAACUAUCCUGUAUUCCGGUCUCCUCCAGGCACCCCGACAUAUCAUCUGCCUCCAGUCAAGGUCCCGCUGGGUAGGAAGAAGAAGAGCUCUAAACACUGCUUCCUCUGUGGCAAGAAGACUGGUCUCGCCACCAGCUAUGAGUGCAGGUGUGGUAACAACUUCUGCGCCACACACCGCUACGCAGAGACCCACGACUGCACGUACAACUACAAGAGCGCCGGACGCCGCUUCCUCCAGGAAACUAACCCCAUCGUCAACGCUCCCAAGCUGCCCAAGAUCUGAGCCCCUCACCCUGUCCCCCACUCUAUCCCUGCACUCCAUUUUCUCUUUUGGGAAUGGAGGGAUGAAGAGAAAGAAAUAACCGAUUCACCUGAAUGAUUAAAAACAAAAAGAAGGAAGGAACUUGAUCACCGCUGUGCUUUUUAAUCACCAAGUUUGACCUAAUGACGUCAAUGCCAAGUGUGAACAAAACGGAGAACAGAAAAUAUUAGCACACAAACUAUUAGCUAGCUAUCGCCUCCGCUCUGGACAAUGUGAACAAACUGUUGAUCCACUUUCUUCGUAUACUGUAACCUUCAUCUUUUUCCUUAGCAAAAAAGUACUGCAUGUACUGUACAUAGGUGGUUUUUUAAAGCAGAUGUCUGUUUAUUUCAUGUUUUAACGGAACAGAAGUGCACGACUCCAAGCGUAAACGUUAUACACGUA